GCAAGUUACCCAGUAAUUAAUACCUUUCGUUAAGACAAAAUGGAAUAGAAAUGAUAAUGACAUUUUCAAGAUUACGGAUAGAAAUAGAGUUCGUAUCCCUCGUAUUGGCAACAUUGUAGAGGAGGAGAGGCCAGCCAGGCAGUAUCAAGAAGAGCCGCCUUGCCCUUGGAUCUGUUGUCUGUCAGCCAGGCCGCCGCCUCACCGCAGCUGCCCACCGUGCCCUCAGAAUGUCAGUCCCGUAUCCAGUUGACCCAAAUAAAGCCUCUGCCCCCGGUGUUGGCUGGGGUAUGCCAAGUGCUCCAGGAGGUUAUCCCACUCAACCAGGCUACCCCAAUCAACCAGGCUACCCCAAUCAACCUGGCUACCCUGCUCAGCCUCCAUAUCCAGUACAACCAGCAGCAGCUUACCCAGUUGAACCCCCACCACCUUAUUCUACUGCUCCUGGAUUUGGGGGCCCACCUGGCCCUUACGCUCAACCCGUGUACAAUGCAAGCAGUGGAGACUUUCCUAUCCAGGAUGGAAACAGAGGAAGGGAGGAAGUGCCCAAGGAAAUGGUUCCAAAUCAGUUUGGGGCAUCCUUCUCUGAUAAAGCUGUAAGACAUGCCUUUAUUAGAAAGGUGUAUCUUAUCUUGAUGGUCCAGCUGCUUGUCACACUUGGCAUUGUCUCACUCUUCACUUUUCACACUGGCACAAAGCGAUUUGUACAGAAGAACACCUGGGUGUACUUCCUCUCAUAUGCAGUGUUUCUGGUCACUUACAUCAUGAUGGUGUGCUGCUCCGGGGUGCGCCGCAAAUGGCCAGGCAAUUUCAUCAUGCUCGGGAUUUUCACUCUGGCUCUGAGCUACAUGACUGGAACCAUUGCAUCAUACUAUGAAACCAGCAUAGUCGUGAUGACUGUUGGCAUAACUGCUGCCAUCUGUUUCCUGAUUACUUUAUUUGCUACACAGACCAAGUAUGACUUUACCGGAUGUGGAAUAUAUCUCUUCGUGGCAGCCAUGGUCAUGUUUAUUUUUGGCAUCAUUGCCAUCUUCACAUACAGCAAAAUAUUAUAUACGAUCUACUCAGCUGGCAUCGCUCUUCUUUUUUCAAUGUACCUUGUGUACGAUACGCAGACGGUGGUUGGUGGACGUAAACACCAGAUCUCCCCUGAGGAGCACAUCUUUGGGGCCCUGACUCUCUACUUGGAUAUUGUUUAUAUUUUCAUCAGUCUUCUUAGUGUGUUUGGGUCAAAAAAUUAAUGUUUUUGUUCUGCAUCAUGAACUGUGUAACAUGGUUUAUUCAGAGAAUAGCGAAUUUCAGAAUGUAUCGAAACUGAACAAUAUCAAUAUUUGCCAUGUACUUACAAGGCUUAGAAUGUAUGCAGUCUGCUUUAAUUGUUACUUAUCUCUGCUUUUGUCCAUCAUUAUAUACUGCCUUAUAAAGUGACUGGGCAUGUUGUAUAAAAACCUAAGGCGAGUUAGAAAAAAUAUUACUACAUAGGCUUGCAUGUUUAUUGGUGUAUUUACUAUUGAAUAACCCCUUAAUGACGACAAUGCCGCUGGCGUCAUAUAAUUUUUACUGACGUAAGCAACGAGCAUGACGAGCGAGAAGCUCUCAAGAAAUUGAAUGGCGCGCGUUAACUAUGUAUCUGUCGAUGCUUAGUGACUAACUGGCACCUCUUUUGUCCCUCAGACGACUCCGUGCUAAAAAUAGUCUACAGUUCUUGCCAACACAUCAUGGCGUUUGCAGAGCGAUUUUGUUCCCUCAGCCGAUCUGUUUCGGCUGUCUUCCUUUAGUUCCUGCUCGUUGUGUGGGUGCUGAGCGUAGUCUUGACACCUCCGCUGAUAUACAAGAUGUCCUAGAUGAACCAAUAUCUUGUUCACAGGAGUGUUCAGAGGAGUGGGAAGCGGAAGUUUAAAUUCUUGGCGAAUCAUGGAAUUCCAGAAUGAAAAAACUACAAAAACUAUUUUUUGAGUUUCACUGCAACUUUGGCUCUCUGUAGGCAGUAAAUUUCCAGGUCAGGGAUUAUAAAUUAUAUUUUUCAGACUCAAUCGUGAUAAAAUGAGCAACUUUUCUUCAAUAAAUUUUCUUGUACGUCGCACCAGUAAAAAGUUGGAAUUUUAGGGGAAUCAUGGAAUUCCAGCCAAACGGUGAGUCCAAAUCAUAAUCUGAUUUCACAGUUGAGUUAUACGGAUGAUUUUCUACAACUCUUUUUCAUUGAGAUUCAUUCCAGAAUGGAAAAAAAAAUUACCAAAAUUAUUUUUUGAGUUUCACUGCAACUUUGGCUGUCUGUAGGCAGUAAAUUUCCGGGUAAAAGAUUAUAAACUAUAUUUUUUCAGACUCCAUCAUGAUAAAAUAAACAACUUUUCUAAAAUAAAUUUUCUUGUAUGUCGCACCAGUAAAAAGUUGGAAGUUUGGGGGAAUCAUUAAAUUCCAGCCAAAUGGUCAGUCCAAAUCAUAAUCUGAUUACACAGUUGAGUUAUACAGAUAAUUUUAUACAACUUUUAUUCAAUGAGAUUCUUUCCAGAAUGAAAAAAACUACAAAAAUUUACCAAAAUUAUUUUUCAAGUUUCACCACAACUUUGGCUCUCUGUAGGCAGUAAAUUUCCGGGUCAAAGACUAUGUUUUUCAGACUCCAUCGUGAUAAAAUGAGAAACUUUUCUUCAAUAAUUUUUUCUGUACAUCGCACCAGUAAAAAGUUGGAAUUUUUGGGGAAUCUUGGAAUUCCAGCCAAAUGCAACAACCUAUAAAGAAAUGGAUUUCACAGCAGGGUGCGCCAGAAAAUUUUCUAUAAAACAUCUUUUAUGACUUUUUCUCAGUUUCAAAGUGCAUUUUUCGAUGACUUUUGCAUUUUGGGGGAUCUCCUGAGAAAAACUGUUGCAGUUUAGAGGGGAUAAUUAUUCACUAAAUUAUUGCCAUUCAGACUACCGACAAACAAAGCCUUCACAAGUCAAUACUAAUGAAUAAACUAGUACCUUAUAUUAAGUUAUUUAUUUAUAUAUUUGUUAGAAUAUGUACAGCAAACUCAAUUAAGUGAACUAAUUCAUGCCACCCUCUUCCACUAAAUCAAAGUUUCCACUAAAUUGGAUUUAAUUAUUUUCACUGAAUUUAGUGGAAGACCACAAAUUAAAAAUAUGAUCCCAUUAAAAUUUGUUAGGAAAGUGCUGUAGGCACCACAUGCCAGGCAUAUUUGUAUCUUCUCAGGCUGAUUAAAUCCCCCUCAAAGCUGGCAUGUUUUUUUGGAGGGGGUCACACUUUAUCUCACAAACCACCUGUAGGGUGAGUUAAGGAGACAAUGUACAUGUGAAUGUAAUGUACAAACGAAAGUUUCUGUGGUAAUUCUGACGGAUUUAUAUUAGUUUGCCUCACAUAUCAAUAAGAAAAUCAGGAGACAUUCAGCUUGCUACAUGCAGCCUGAAAGUGCCACACAGUGAUGAAUUUUGAAAAGUUUCUCCAUCUGUCUGAUGUUAUUUCCUGCCUCCAAUUCAUGGUUGAUUACACUGCUGAAUAUGCUUGCAGAGUGCAGGUAAAGUAAUUACUAUCGAAAUGUGUUCAAUUGUGAUGAAAUGAGAAAGUAAGAAAAAUCAAGACAGGUUACAGUCUCCAUUUGUUGUUUAUGCUCCAUAGAUGGUGGUGUGGAUGCUCCGUAUGGCAUUUUUUUUUUAAUAAUAAAGUUAAUGAUUUAAGUUUUCAGCAGAAUUUGGUUACUAGGUUAUUAUUAGUUACCAAGGAAUCAUACCAAAUACGUACACGUAGCAUAUCAUUUAAAUUUAAUUUGAAACUCCAAUUAUUAUUUUAUUAAAGAUUCAUGCAAGAAAAAUGAGUUGUGUAAGUUGAAUUUGAAUGCUCAGUUUUUAUUAUUAUUUGUUUAUCAAAGAUUCAUGCCAAAUAACAUACACAGUUUAAUGUGGUCUCAGUUAUUAUUAAUCAUUUAUACAAAGAUUCAUCAUUCCAACCCUUAAAAAUUACUGAAACACUUCCAUGAUUGUUAAGGCUAAGGAAGAAAAAAUAAAAUAAAAUUUCAGGCAAUUUAAGAUCUGAUUACAGUUGUAAUUACAUUUUAUUUUAACUUUAAUGUCAUUAUGUUGACUCGUUUAAGCAAUAUGACUACCUAAGUAAAUCUGUCUAAAAUCAAUAGUAGGGUCCAUUUCAUAAAAUAUAUUGACAGUUUGACUUCGCUUCCUUUUCAUUUCUGUAUUAAAAAUCAUUAUUCCCAGGUAAUAUCUGUACAGAACAUCCACACUUUAGGAUGAUCUAUACAAUUUGAGAUAAUUUCCUGAGGAGUUGUGACUAACAUAUACUGUAGCCAAAUGAUUAUAUUUUCUAUUAAAUAUUACUUAUAAAGAAUUUACUUUUUUUCAGAUUAAAAAAAUAAGUACAUUGCCUCCCCAACUCACCCUAUAACCCUAUAACUGAUUCCAACUAUAAAUAAGGUUUCCAAUAUAUUUAUAUGUGCUUUUCUUGUGUCAAUCAAGAUUGAGACAUUGUGUUGUGUACAUAAAGACUUAGUCCACUAAAUCUCAAUUUACUGGCCUAUUCCAUUAAAUUGAGGAAACAAUAAUGUAAAAAAUAUCUUCCAUUAAACUGAGUCCAUUGAAUUGAAUUACACUGAAUCAAGAGUUUAUAUCUAUCUAUCUAUCUAUAUCUAUCUGUCUAUCUAAUAUUAUAUAUAUAUAUAUAUAUAUAUAUAUAUAUAUAUAUAUAUAUAUAUAUAUAUAUAUAUAUAUAUAUAUAUAUAUAUAUAUAUAUAUAUAUAUAUAUAUAUAUAUAUAUACGUAGCUGUGAUGGAGGAGAGAAAGAAGCAUCAACUCAGUCAGGUUGCUUGUUGAAGGGUACUGCAGAAUAAUUGUAUAUGACAUCGAGGUCUGAAUCUCUAUUACAUGGCCAUCAUAUUAUGAAAAGUCCUAGAUUUCUGAGGUACAUCUUUUUAUUUUACAGUACCAAAACCAAUAAGUCAUUACUUGUUUUCCUCAUUACUGAAUAUCCACUACUUCUGUUACCCCAUUUCUCUGAACUUUUAAAAAGUGACAGCACUAUUAUGGUCUCUUGCUUAGUGAUGGAAAGCUAUAUAUUUAAUUCAUUUGUCAUGGAAGACCCUUGAACAAGCUUGAGUGCCAUAAGUAAAAGGUACAAUGCUGUGGAGAGUAGGAAAGAAAAAGAAUGAGAUACCAAACACUUAGUAUAGUAAAAGUAAGCCAAAGAACUUUAUCAAAGCACCACUGGAGAGUAUAUGAAUAAUGUGUAGUACAUUUCAGUAAUAUCAUGGUAGCUCAUCUAAAUACAUCAAUGAAAUUUUAAAUUUUAUACAAUACUCCUGGCAGAACUUGUAAGGGAAUUUGAAGUGCAUGCCUUAUUAAAAAAGUACAGUAUGUGUCUGCAUAUAUUUUGUAUUCUAUGUAAAGGUUAUUCAGAAAUAUAAUUUGUACUGAAUAAAAUGCAGCUAACAUGUAACACGACAUAUGCAAUGUUUAGAAAUGCUGCUGAAGUAUUAUACUUGCUAGUUGAUGUAAUGUAUUUCAGGUACAGAUAAAAAGUAAAUAUGAUUAAGUGUAGUUUUAGUGUAUUCAUAUGUACGUAUAUAUAUAUAUGUUUAAAUAUGACUUUUUUUUCUAACUUAAAUAUAAACAUAUGAUAUCCCUGUGUGCUUAUCAUACUGUUAAUCUCUAUAUUAGUUGUUUAAGAUAUAGCUGAUCUCAAAAUUUUUUUUUUAAAUGGAGUUGUCUGUAAAAGCGUCUUCAGUGCUUCAUGGAGUUCCAUUUCUUUUGUGUUGGUAAUAUAUACAAUAUCUGUAUACAAUACCUGGAAGCAUUACCAUCCCAUGUCAGUCUUAGAAUAAAGGCAUAACUGGC